AUGGAGGAUAGGGCCAGUCUUACUGCUAUGAAGAAAACUAACAAUAAAAAUUACUUUAUACUAUGGGACACCUGGGUCCCAGCAGGCAUUUUGAACUGGACACAUUUGUCCCGGUGGUUCUGUACAACAAUGAGUGAAAGGAGAUUGACACAAAGAGAACUUGAAGAAGAAGUUAAAAGAAUUAUGGAAGAUGGCUUGAGUGAUGACGAUUAUGACCCAUUUCAUUGUGUUCUUCAAUAUAAUUUCAAUGGAAAUAAUUGUUUUCAAGACUACUGGGUCUACUAUGUACCACCUAAAAUGUCUAGUGGGACACAUAUGUCCCUGCCCUUAGCAACAAAAGUGACUAUGUGCAAAGAGUGUCUACAAGUAGUUUACGAGAAAUAG